GAGGAAAAUAUAUGCCAAAAGCACGCUGCCGUCAGGAAUUGGUGUAGAUUACUACAACCGAAGCAGGGAGCUUGUCUUGUUUGUCAACAGGCUUUGCAAGAAUCAGAUUUAAAAAGCAUGCCCGCUGCAAGCCAAAAUGUGUUGUUUGGGAUGGGCAACCCUUUAUUGGACAUUUCAGCUGUAGUAGACAAGGACUUCCUUGACAAGUAUGGACUGAAACCAAAUGACCAGAUAUUGGCCGAAGAGAAGCACAAAGCCCUGUUUGAAGAACUUGUCAAGAAGCCCAAAGUAGAAUACCAUGCUGGUGGCUCCACCCAGAACUCGGUUAAAAUCGCACAGUGGAUGAUCCAGCAGCCCCAUAAGGUGGCCACGUUCUUCGGCUGCAUCGGCACGGACAAGUUCGGCGAGAUCCUGAAGCAGAAGGCGGAGGAGGCGCACGUGGACGCGCGCUACUACGAGCAGAGCGAGGAGCCGACGGGGACGUGCGCCGCCUGCAUCACCGGCGACAACAGGUCCCUUGUUGCUAAUCUGGCAGCAGCAAAUUGUUACAACAAAGAAAAGCAUCUAGACCUGGAUGCCAACUGGGAGCUGGUGGAAAAAGCCAAAGUCUAUUACAUCGCAGGUUUCUUCCUGACUGUGUCCCCGGAGUCAAUACUGAAGGUGGCAAGGCACGCCUCAGAAAACAACAAGGUCUUCGGCUUGAACCUGUCAGCCCCUUUCAUCAGUCAGUUCUUCAAGGAGCCCAUGAUGAAGGUCAUGCCAUACGUCGACAUCUUGUUCGGGAAUGAAACGGAGGCAGCCACUUUUGCCAGGGAGCAGGGCUUUGAGACAGAAGAUAUUAAAGAGAUUGCUAAGAAGGCUCAGAGCCUGCCAAAGGUGAACAAGAAGAGGCAGCGAAUUGUCGUCUUCACUCAAGGCGAGAAUGAGACUGUAGCAACUAUAGGUGAUAAGGUGAUGACAUUCCCUGUGCUGGACAUUGAUCAGAAAGACAUUGUGGAUACGAAUGGGGCAGGAGAUGCAUUUGUGGGAGGCUUCUUGUCAGAGUUGGUCCAGGAGCGGCGUCUGGAGCAGUGCAUCCAUGCAGGGCACUACGCCGCCAAUGUCAUCAUCAGACGUGUGGGAUGCACUUUUCCUGAGAAGCCAGACUUCCACUGAUGUCCACAGAAUCUCUAUCCAUGUGUUUUGUGGGACCACUACCCUUCCCGCCUCCCCAUCUUUCAGCUGAAAUUCUCCUUCCUUGUUCCACUGCCUGCAUGGAGAUUUCUGUGCCUUCAUUUUCAGUGUGCACAAUGAUGGGCGUUCCAUGCUGAAACUUGGCCAUUGUGUGUGUAAUUGUGUGAAUAUACUUAACUUAAUGAACUCAUGUUUACAGAGGAAAUUAAUGUGUGACUUACCCAGCGU